AUGCGGGCGGCCACCGCUUGCCUCGUCGCGCUUCUCGCGCCCUUAUGGGCUUCCGCCAUGCCCAUCGAGUAUUUCGGAGACGGGGAACCGAUCGAGGAGGACAUCGACAACAGUGCCAUAUUCGAUGCACAGCAGAAGGAGAUUGUGAGUUAAUCGGCGAGGAUCAGGUGGUCGGAAGUUAGUAAAAUGCAUUUAGCUUAUUAAAAGUAUGCAGUCAAAUGAGGUUCCGUACUCUUCUAGUUGAAUUCAUUCCUUAUCAUUAUCAGCUAAAUCGUGGAGUUUUUGCUCCUGCUCCCCCUCUCUUGUGACGUAUGACGAAUUCAGAUGAAAUAUCAGAAUGAUGAAUGGCUCUGGCCGUUUCCCAGAAUCAUUUCCCUUCGUCAUUCAUUCAUGCAUUACGUCUCUUCCACACUUUCUUUCCCACCGUUCCCGUCAAUUUUCAUUCAAAAAAGCCUCCGGCACACUCGGAUGACGUCAUCUUUCUCUCCUUUUUCAUCUGAAGUGAAGUGUGCUCCAGAGACGUCGCCAUUCUGCUCUUCUCCAAUUCUGAGAGAGAAGAGCGAAUGAAAGGUUUUCGAUGGAAAAUGGAGGGAUUCGUCUGAAAAGAAAAGACGGGUGGAAAUUCAAAACGGAAACGUGUGCGGGGUGAGAGUGGACGAGAAAAGGAAGCGUAUAAUAUUCCGGAUGAGCCGAAAAAAGGAAAAAGAAGAAGACGAGAGCUCUCGUUUCUCAUUUCAUGCUUUUGUUCCCGGAAAUGGAGGAGUGCCACGUCACUGCCAGCAGGGCCGAUCUCAUUAGCAGUAAAGUGUUUUCCGCAGAGAGAACACUGACAAAAACAAGUUUGAGCGGCCAAAAGUGUACUUUGCUCGGUCGAGCGGAAGUCACGACUUCUGAGAACUCUUGCAGAGUAAUGAUCUUUUUUUCGUUCAGAUUGAUCUCUUCGAGCCGAGCAAGGCUUUGGGCCAAGUCAGCGGGCUCGCCAUCAACUCGAACGGACAUCUCGUGGCCUUCCACAGAUCGGGACGCGUCUGGGACGAGAGCAGCUUCAACGCCGACGAGACGUUCAACAAGGAGCUCGGCGUGAUCGCCAACACAACACUCGCCAUCAUCGACCGAGAGAAGAAGGUGCUCGACGAGUUCGGAGCCGGGCUCUUCUACAUGCCGCACGGGUUGACGAUCGACUCGAAGGGCGACUACUGGGUGACCGACGUGGGCAGCCACCAGGUGCACAAGAUCGACGCCAAGACCCAGAAGAUCGUGAUGAGUCUCGGAGAGAAGCUCGUUCCGGGAGAAGACGAGACGCACUUCUGCAAGCCGACGGACGUCACCGUCGCCAAAAACGGACACAUCUUCGUGGCCGACGGCUACUGCAACAGCCGUAUUCUGAAGUUUGAUUCGAAGGGAAAUCUGAUGGCGCAGAUCAACGCGGCAAUUGGUGAGUGAAUCAUUCAGGAAGCGGGUAAUUAUGAGAGUGAGAAAGGGAAUGUCUAAUAAGCAAGUGGGGAUACUGUAGAGAUCGGAAAGCAACUCCCCGAUUUCAUUACUCUAAUGCACUGCGAAUUCAUUUAUCCGCUCAUUGAAUUCAACGAAACAAAGAUGAUUCAGAAGACGGACAGCCUUCCGAGUUCGUCGUUCCGCACUCGCUCGCUCUCAUCGAAGACAUGAACAUCAUCUGCGUCGCCGACAGGUUUGUUCCCGGGAUCUCCGCCUCUUUGAGCACGCCCUUUUGCAGAGAGAACCAGCGCGUUCAGUGCUUCUCGGCAGGGCUCUCCGAGGGCGAUCGCACUCUUCCGACCGGAAUCCCCAUCACUUCGGCCACCGACAUCGGCCGCGUGUUCGCCAUUCGCGAGCGGGAGCACUACUUGGUCGGCGUGACGGGUAGCAGCGAGGACGUGGAAGCGCAGAUGUUCACCAUCGACAUGCAGACCGGAAAGACGGAGACGUUCGCCAAAGGCCUCCAGAAUACGCACGCGCUCGCCGUCGCUCCGGACGGCGCCAUGUACGUCUCGCAGCUCGAGCCGAGCAGAAUUCUUGAGAUCAAACUCUUGUAA